GACCUCAGUUGCUGACUUUUUGGCGACACUUUUAAAAGCAUUAGAAUUUUCUUUACUUCUUCGACACAACCAAAAGUUAUCUCUAACUAAAAUAUGUCAUUUAUGUCAGACAAACUAGAUAUACAGCAACUGAGAGAAAUAUGGAGACAGAACGGCCCAGACGUGAAAUUGGCUGGAGAAAUAUCCAACUUGCUUUUGAAUAAGAAAUGCUUCUUCGAACUUGAAAUGUUUCUAAGUACUUUACCUAAUACAGAGAAGUAUAAGACAGAAGAAGCUUUGAAUAGAAGUAGAGCAUACCUGGAGUUCCAAAGAAAGCGCUAUGGUAAUUUGUAUCAACUUUUGAAGGGAAACACAUUUACGGAUGCGGAAGACCUUGUUAAACUCUGGGAUGCUGCUCAUUAUGAAGAAGAAAGAGCAAAAAAACGGAAACCUCUCACUCCAUUGGCAAAAUUUCGAAUUCGACAAAGAUUCACACCUCCAAAAACAAUUUGCCCAAAAGGCCGACAAAAGUCAACACUACCAAAAGAGGCCACGCGAAUUUUACAAUCGUGGCUCAAUGAUAAUCUGGGAAAACCUUACCCCGAUGCAGAAACAAAGGAAAGACUGCAACAAUUGACCAAACUCAGCAAAACACAGGUAAACACGUGGUUCGCAAACGCUCGACGCCGACUGAACCGAAACCGACAACAAGAAGAUACCAAAAAGCCAACAAGAGAAAGCAAACCAAAACCUCGCUCCUCGCUGUGCACGCCGACGAGCCCUCCGCCUAAUGCUUGCCCUUGGGCGCUCGGUGGAAUUCACGAGUUGGCCCCAAUGACUCAUGGGAUACCUUUCCUUUGUCAAGAAAUGCGACAUUAUUAUACGCAUGGCAUAGAGCCGCAUACCGCUGCCCAAAUACUACUGAACUUACACCAAAAUUGAUUAUGUGAUGAUUGUUUAGAACAACAGCCCAGGACUUGCUGUGAAUGAAUAUUUUGUUUCUAUAAUACUAACACAUUGUUUCACGUGGUAAUUAGACGGUCACGUAUUGUUGCGUUAUCAGUUGUUGCGUUAUUCCAUGUUGACGUUAAAUGGUCACGUCAUUUUUAUCUAUUUAUUUUGUUGUCUUAAAUCACCAUGGCGCUGUUCAUAAUGUUGUGUUAUUGGAGAAUUUCCGAAAUGGGGUUCUAUUUUAGAAUGAAAUUUUAAACCCCCGUUUUUCAAGGUUUUGUUUGAUAAUGUAUAAUUAUCCCAAUGUUCUACAAAAUGUUAAAUAAAGCAUUUGAUCGUA